UUCUCAAAACGCAAAAAACACUUCUGAAAUCACUUCCCAAAACCAAAACAAAAAAAAUCAAGUCCACAACAACAACAACAACAACAACAACAGUUGAUUCAUAUUGAUUCAGCUAUUGGCUUCUUACUCGUCACAAUACCCCACCACACAAGGAGGGAAAAAAAAAUAUCACUAAAACCAAAACCAAAAGGAAAAACAGUUCUUAUCAGAUAAAGAUUGUUUGCUUUACAAAAAAUUUCGAACCAAUUUCCGACUAUGGAGCCGCCGGAAAACACCGCCGGAGCAAUCGAAUCAGCCGAGAAAAUCAUCCUCCGGUGGGACUCCACGGCGUCGGAGGAAGCCAGAGAGCGUAUGAUCUUCGAUUCCGAUCGUCAAGAGAUCGAUCGAUACUUGCAAGCCGUUGAUGAGAUUCAACGAUCGAUGGAAUCGGUGACUGUGACCGAUGAUCAGAACAAGGUCAAUGGUGCGAUCCAGAUCGCCAUGGCUAGGCUCGAGGACGAGUUUCGUAAUAUCCUGAUUUCACAUACUGGACCUGUUGAAGCCGAAUCGUUAGUCGAAUCGGUUCGAUCUACUCCGAGAGCUGAUAGCACUGGAGUUGAUUUUCCAGAAGAAGAUUACUCGUUUGAAGAUUCGGUGGUGAGCAAGGAAGUUGAAGUGGAGUUUCAUGUUGGAGAGAGUAGUAGUAGAAGUAGUAGUAGUUCCAAGUAUCAAUCUACUACUAGUAUUCGCGAGAUCGAUUUGAUUCCAUCGGAAGCGAUUUACGAUCUCCGAAGCAUCGCGGAGAGGAUGAUCUCAGCUGGAUAUUUCCGCGAGUGUGUUCAGGUUUACGGCAGUGUUCGCAAAUCCGCCAUGGACGCGAGCUUUCGACAGCUUGGAAUCGAGAAAUUGAGCAUCGGUGAUAUACAGAGACUCGAAUGGGAAGUGUUGGAGACGAAGAUCAAGAAGUGGAUUCGAGCCGCAAAAGUCUGUAUUCGAAUCCUCUUCGCGAGUGAGAAAAAGCUCUGCGAGCAAAUUUUCGAGGGUUUAGGUACCGCUUCAGAUGAUUCGUGUUUCAUUGAAACCGUGAAAGGUCCAGCAAUUCAACUCUUCAAUUUCGCUGAAGCUAUCAGUAUCAGUCGCCGAUCGCCGGAAAAGCUGUUCAAGAUCUUGGAUCUGCACGAUGCGUUAUCGGAUUUGUUACCGGACGUUGAUGUUGUUUUCGAAUCGAAAUCGGCGGAGUCGAUUCGAGUUCAGGCGGCGGAGAUUCAGUCCAGGCUUGCUGAGGCAGCGAGAGGAAUUUUAUCAGAAUUCGAGAACGCAAUUCUUCGUGAGCCUUCGAGGAUUCCGGUUCCCGGAGGUACAAUUCAUCCUUUGACUAGAUAUGUGAUGAAUUAUAUAAGCUUGAUCUCUGAUUACAAACAAACUUUGAUUGAAUUGAUUGUGUCUAAACCUCCGACGGGGUCGAGGUACUCUGGCGAUCCUACGACCCCUGAUAUGGAAUUCGCGGAGCUAGAGGGACGAACCCCUCUGGCGCUCCACUUGAUUUGGAUAAUUGUGAUUUUACAAUUCAAUUUGGAUGGGAAGUCCAAGCUCUAUAAAGACGCCUCUUUGGCUCACUUGUUCAUGAUGAACAAUGUUCAUUACAUUGUUCAGAAAAUCAAGGGUUCACCGGAGUUGAGAGAGAUGAUCGGAGACGAUUAUCUGAAGAAAUUAACUGGGAAGUUUAGACAGGCCGCCACAAGCUAUCAGAGAGCAACUUGGGUUAGGGUUUUGUAUUGUUUGAGAGAUGAGGGGUUACAUGUGAGUGGGAGUUUCUCGUCUGGGGUUUCAAAGAGUGCUUUGAGAGAGAGGUUUAAGACCUUCAAUGCCAUGUUUGAGGAGGUUCACCGGACUCAGGCGACGUGGUUGAUACCCGAUAACCAGCUCCGGGAGGAGCUCCGGAUAUCAAUUUCGGAGAAGUUGAUUCCGGCUUACAGGUCAUUCCUAGGCCGGUUCAGGAGCCAUAUAGAGAGUGGAAAGCACCCCGAGACGUAUAUCAAGUACUCAGUUGAGGACCUAGAAACCGCAGUCUUGGAUUUCUUCGAGGGUUACCCAGUUUCACAACACUUGCGGAGGAGAUCUCAGUGAAAGAGCGGGAUGAAUUUUACCGGUUAGAACCUAGGAAACAUUCUUUAAAUCUUUUUGUAGAGCAUAUUAGGUGUGGUUCUGGUCAUUUUGGGCUUUUCUUCAGCUCUUACAAAAGGAUUACCGGCUAAUUUUUCUGUGGACACUCUUAGAGAUUGAAGCGUGAACAAGAUGAAUUACCACUCUCCAGAAUCACCGAGACCCUCAACCUGAAUUCUUCUGUCCUGUAAGGAUGUUGUUGUUUGAUUUGUUACUACAUUUCUAGAUUAUUUUUCUGUUUUCAUUUGUUCAUAUGGGAAUUGUUGUGUGUUGUUGUACUAUGAUAUUUACCGGCAAUUAUGAUUUUCGAACUAGAAAACAGUAACUAGUUAAGUUUUGAUAACCUUGGAAGUUAGGGAACACAAUAAUUUGGGGGGUUUUAUUAGAAAGCAUUAAGCAUUUAACAGUGUAAAAGUAUUGUGAUAAUGAAACAACAAUUCUCAUCUAGUGUGGCACUCAGGUAAUUACCUGGAUUACUUCAUCUUGUUAGAAUUGUUACAAGUUUGGCCAUUCUUUUUGGCAUUGUUUUUACACAACGUGUUAGUUUUCUAUACUACUAGUGCUGUAUUUUACUGUAAUUUCAGUUCUAACAUUCAUUUGAGAUUCAAGUUU